CGCAGCAGAGCUCUUCUCUGGCAGCUCUUCCCUAACAGAGCCUGCACCAGGAUGGGUGCUCUCCGCCUGUUAUGGGUGUGUGUUCUCAUAUUUACUGGAAUAACACACAUUUGUGCCUCAAAUGUCUGCACCUCCAGAGGAGCCAGCACUUGUAAAGAGUGUCUGGCCGUGCACCCCAGCUGUGCAUGGUGCUUCCAGGAGGACUUUGGCCAGGGAGUUGCCAGAUCUUCCCGCUGUGACCUGAAGAGUAACCUGGUGGCAGCAGGCUGUGCACCUUCAGCGAUGGAGUCUCCAACCAGCAGGAUGCAGGUGCUCGAAGACCGGCCGCUCAGCAACAAGGCGGCGGGAGCCACACAAGAUGUCACUCAGAUCAAGCCCCAGAAACUCCACAUCACCCUCAGGCCAGACGACGCUAAGCGCUUCACAGUGAAGGUGCGUCAGGUGGAGGACUACCCCGUGGAUCUCUACUACCUCAUGGACCUCUCCUACUCCAUGAACGACGACCUCUUCCGCCUGAGGACGCUGGGCAAAGGCCUGGCCGAGGCCAUGAACCGCACCACCAGCAACCUGCGCAUGGGCUUCGGGGCCUUUGUGGACAAGCCGCUCUCUCCUUACAUGUACAUCUCUCCCAAAGAGGCCGUGAAGAACCCCUGCUACAGCAUCAACACCACCUGUCUGCCCCAGUUUGGUUAUAAACACGUUCUGUCUCUGACGGAAGAAGUGAGUCGCUUCACAGAGGAGGUGAAGAAGCAGAUGGUCUCCAGGAACCGAGACGCCCCAGAGGGAGGCUUUGAUGCCAUCAUCCAGGCUGCAGUGUGCAAGGAGCAGAUCGGCUGGCGUCCCGGUGCCUCCCAUCUCCUGAUCUUCACCUCGGACGCAAAGACUCACAUGGCUCUGGAUGGCCGUCUGGCUGGGAUCGUGCAGCCCAACGACGGGAAGUGCCACCUCAGCCCUGACAAUAUUUACAGCAUGUCUACCACCAUGGAUUACCCAUCUCUCGCUCUGAUCACAGAGAAGAUGUCGGAGAACAACAUCAACCUCAUCUUUGCUGUCACCAAUCCCGUGGUUCCGCUGUACCAGAACUACAGUGAGUUGAUUCCUGGCACCACAGUAGGAACGCUCUCCAAUGACUCGGGCAACGUAAUUCAUCUCAUACUGAAGGCGUACACUAAAAUCCGUUCCAAAGUGGAGCUGGAGCUCCAGGACGUCCCAGAGGAGCUGUCCCUGUCCUUUAACGCCACCUGUCUGAACGGAGAGCUCAUCCCGGGUCUCAGGUCCUGCUCUGGGCUGAAAAUAGGAGACACGGUGUCGUUCAGCGUGGAGGCCAGAGCGCGUGGUUGCCCCAAACAGAAGAAGAAAACCUUCAUCAUUAAGCCUGUGGGCUUCAAGGACUCCCUCUCCAUUACCGUCACCUUCGAGUGUGACUGCAAGUGCCAGGCCAAAGCCCAGCCCAACAGCGACAAGUGUUACCACGGAAACGGCACCUUUGAGUGCGGCAUAUGCCUGUGCCACCCGGGCCGCCUGGGCCCACACUGUGAGUGUGCCGAGGGCGACUACAGUCCCACGGAGCAGGACCGCUGCAGUGGACCUGCUGGUGCUGGAGGGCCUCACUCAGCCGUCUGCAGUGGUCGCGGAGACUGUGUGUGCGGUCAGUGCGUGUGCCACAGCAGCGACUUUGGGAAGGUGUGGGGCAAGUUGUGCGAGUGUGACGACUUCAACUGCCUGCGCUUCAAGGGGGAACUCUGCUCAGGUCACGGUGUCUGUAACUGUGGUUUUUGUCAGUGUGCGCCCGACUGGCAAGGGGAGAACUGUAACUGCUCCAGACGCACUGACACCUGCAUGUCCACCCUGGGUCUGCUGUGCAGUGGGAGGGGCCAGUGCGUAUGCGGGGCCUGUGAGUGCACCCAGCCCGGUGCGUACGGGGUCACGUGUGACAAGUGCCCCACCUGCCCCGACGCCUGCACCAUGAAGAAGGAGUGUGUGGAGUGUAAACACUUCAAGAGGGGCAAGCUGUUUGACGACAACACCUGCUCUCGAAUCUGCAAGGAUGAGAUUGUGCUUGUGGAUGAAAUAGUGCUUCAUGAUACAAAUGCCGUGAACUGCACUUACAAAGACGAGGACGACUGCGUGGAGCGUUUCCAGUACUAUGAAGACUCCAGUGGAAAGUCCAUCUUGUUUGUCAUCAAAGAGCCAGACUGCCCCAAGGGUCCAGACAUUUUGGUGGUGCUUCUGUCAGUGGCUGGAGCCAUCUUGUUCCUCGGCCUGGCAGCUCUGCUUAUCUGGAAACUGCUGGUCACCAUCCAUGACAGACGAGAGUUCGCCAGAUUUGAGGAAGAACGUGCUCGUGCCAAAUGGGACACGGGACACAAUCCGCUGUACAAAGGAGCCACCUCUACCUUCACAAACAUCACAUACAGAGGAAAAGACUGAUGCUACUGAACAAGGAUGAAGAGGGAUUGAUGAAAUAAUAGACUUUUGUGGGAAGGCACCAAAUCAUGUGCAGGCCUCUACUGUCACAAGACAAUAAUUAAUAAUUAUUUGUGUUUGUAAAUAUGUAGAAAUGAUUCUGAGGACGCUUUUUUAUCAGGGAACUGUUAUGAACAUCCACUCUUGCUACACUGAUGAGUAAGAUAUUGUUUUGUGUUAAUUUGUUUUGACUGAGAACUGUUGUGAUGUGCAGGCCAGAGUAAAGGUUAAACUCACCAAGAUGUUCACCUUUCCAUUUUCUCCAGCCAUGUGCUGUACAUUGUAUUUUGCAAUUUGGCCAAUAGACAACUAAAUUAUGUAAGAUAUUUAUUGUUUCUUGUGCAUAUGUACAAUAUCUUCCUCCAAUCACUCUGCAGCGGAGGUUAAUACUUUCACUUUUCACAUAAAAUCUGUGAAUUUACUAAUGAUUCCUUGCCCAAUUAACCCCAAACUCUGCUGAGGAUCAGAUACCACCAUGGCUCAAGUGGGAAAUUUAAAAAAUUUGAUGUGAGCGAACAAUUGUUUGGGAAUGGUGAAAAACUAAAGGGCAGAUCAUAAUGCUUAAAUCAAAGCCAUUUUUUCUAAUCAUAUUGAUUCGGCCAGUUAUACUUUGGAAUAAACAGUUAAUUUCUGCUCCUCCUCUUCUCCUCAUAGUUAUAUCAUGUUUCGCCCAGUCUGAAUUGUGGCUUUGCAUCCACAAAAGGUGAUUGAGAGGCAAUUUUAAAACAUUAGGACUUAAUUUGCCACCUUAAGUCGAUCACAUAUGAUUACUAUCUAGAGGUUUUUUUGUUUGUUUUCAUAUUGUGAGCAGAUGUGACUCUGUUCUUAAAGGUCUCAAUAGUUGAAAACUACUGUGUUGACCAAGAAUUACACAAGGAUUAACAGCAAGCAUGCUGCUUUCCUGGACUGUGCUCUGCUUCCAUCUCCUGGACUAAACCUGCAAGUAGCAAUGUUUGUGCUCACGCUGUUAGAUGAACAGGAUCAACUAUAUACAGCAGGAUUUUUGCAAAUGCAGACAAUAAAUGAAUGAAUAAAUAAAUAAACUGCACUCACACUGUACAAAC